AUCGCUAACUCAUCCACCACAGCUUAGCUGCAACCACCAGUGCCUCAAAGACUCUUGAUCAACAAACUCUAGCUGAUCACUGCUAGCUAAGCUUGCUACAUAGCAAGCCAUGGGUUACUCCAAAAACCUAGGGGCUGGCCUGUUUGCCAUGCUGCUCCUUGCUCCGGCCGUCCUGGCCUCCGACCCUGACCCUCUCCAGGACUUCUGCGUUGCCGACCUCGAUGGCAAGGCGGUCUCGGUGAACGGGCAUUCAUGCAAGCCCAUGUCGGAGGCCGGCGACGACUUCCUCUUCUCGUCCAAGCUGGCCAAGGCCGGCAACACGUCCACCCCGAAUGGCUCGGCUGUGACGGAGCUCGACGUGGCCGAGUGGCCCGGUACGAACACGCUUGGUGUGUCCAUGAACCGUGUGGACUUCUCACCAGGGGGCACCAACCCACCUCACAUCCACCCGCGUGCAACCGAGAUCGGCAUCGUGAUGAAAGGUGAGCUCCUCGUUGGUAUCCUUGGCAGCCUCGACUCUGGAAACAAGCUCUACUCAAGGGUGGUGCGUGCUGGAGAGACAUUCCUCAUCCCACGCGGCCUCAUGCACUUCCAGUUCAACGUUGGUAAGACGGAGGCCUCCAUGGUUGUCUCCUUCAAUAGCCAGAACCCUGGCAUCGUCUUCGUGCCGCUCACGCUCUUCGGUUCCAACCCGCCAAUCCCCACGCCGGUGCUCACCAAGGCUCUAAGGGUGGAGGCCGGGGUCGUCGAACUUCUGAAGUCCAAGUUCGCUGGUGGGUCUUAAUCCUUGGGAGCCUGCCCUGAAAUGGUCUCAGUAUAUAAUUGGAUAUAUGCAUGCCAAUGAAAUUUAAUAAUUGUUCAGCAGAAGACACGUAUUCAAGCUUCUAGCUAAGCUCGCAUGCAGUUGUAAUAAGAUUGAAUAAGUUAGCCUCGCGGUUUAGCCUUCAGAGCCAAUACGAGAAAUCAAAAUGUACUACUUUUUAUUGUCGUAUUUGUUCUUUUUGUUGAACGGAAUAUAUAAGUAUCAUUUUCAUA